AAGGCGAUUUGGGACGCCGUUUCCCUGACCCAGAGAGGAGGAAAGCCGCUCACUCCCCUCGGGAGCCUGGCCCAGCUUUGCCGCUCCUUACCGGUUCAUGAUCUUCCUCGAGGAGGGCCACAUCUUAAGGAAAGGAUGGAGGGCCCUUUUUGAGAUGCACCGAUCUGGUACGUCCUCUCAAACAUCCCCUGGGGGACGCAGCUCCAAAUCCCGAGUUCCGCCACACACUGAUACCUUGGGCGAGAUAGAGGCCGAGAGAGAGAGAGAGAUGCUGGUUUUUUAACGCCUUCCGGCUUAGGCAGCGCCGCCUCGAGAAGGUUCCCGCCUCUUUCCUCCUCCUGCUGCUGGAAGGUUGUUUUCCCGCCUUGGUGGAGAGGGUGCCAGGGAUCUUUCUUUGGAGCUACAGGGUGGUGCAUGUGGUUCUCCCCUCCCUAUUUUAUUUUCAACCAGCCUGUGAGAGCUUGGAAUAUGCUGACAACAAAGUUAUUCACGCUGGUGCUGGUGGUGCAGCCACAGCGAGUCCUGCUGGGUAUGAAAAAACGUGGCUUUGGGGCUGGGUUCUGGAAUGGAUUUGGAGGGAAGGUGGAGCCUGGCGAAACAGUUGAGCAGGCAGCUAGAAGGGAGCUCCAAGAAGAGAGUGGACUGAUAGUGGACACCUUGCAGAAGAUGGGACAGAUCACUUUUGAGUUUGUGGGUAACACUGAGCUGAUGGAAGUCCAUAUUUUCCUCACCGACAGUUUUCAAGGCGACCCCACAGAAAGUGACGAAAUGCGUCCACAAUGGUUCGAACUGGACCAAGUGCCUUUCAAGAACAUGUGGCCUGACAACAUCUACUGGUUUCCCCUUCUGCUCCAGAAGAAGAAGUUCCUUGGCUAUUUUAAGUCCCAAGGGCAGGACACUAUCUUAGAAUACACCCUGAAAGAGGUGGAGAAGGUAUAAGGGGAGACCAAGAACGUCAGAAGCCCUCCUGGCUGGGAUGUAAAUCAUAGCCCAUAUUGGGACAGAGGAAAGCAAUUAAAAACGUUACACAAAUAA